AAGAUGUCUGCGGAGGGAAGGAUGCGUCACUGGAUUAGCGCCUUGUGAGUCCCAGCCUCUUCUUCCCCGCCUGAGCUGCCUGGAGAAGGUCACAGAGCUCGCCGCCUGAGCGUCCCUUGCCGAGGAGCCUUCCACAUGAGCCAGCCGGGCCUCGCAGCCCCACCAGGAUGAAGAAAGAGAAGAAAACGUGUGUUUUCACGUUUGUCCUCCUUCUGCAUUUCAGCUCGGGGCAAUCAGACUAUGCGCCGUAUUUCUACGACAACGGUCCCAGCAGUACUAAUGGGAACAUGGAUUUGUUCAGUGUCUCUGAGGACACGCCAGUUGGAAUGCAGAUAUACAUCCUCAAUGGCACCGAUCCCGAGGGAGAUCCAAUACGAUACGGUCUAACAUUCCAAAUAGGCUCCAAAGAGUAUUUUAGGGUUGAUCCUAAGUCAGGGAACGUAACCCUCAUUUUGGAACUGGACCGAGAGAAACAAGAUGAGAUUUUGGCCUUUGUCAGCAUUACAGAUGGGAGGAAUAAAGUGGUGGAAAAUGUGAGAGUGUUUGUCACUGACGCCAAUGACGAACCUCCUGAAUUUCAAAACCUGCCUUUUAUCGUCGAUAUUCCUGAGGAUGUCGCGGCAGGCAGCAGCAUCUACAGAGUCCAUGCCCGGGAUAAAGAUAUGGGCUCUGGAGGCAGCAUCUCCUAUUCCCUUCAGCCGACACCGUUUGCCAAAUUCACCAUCGACGCCCACAGCGGUAUUCUAAGGGUGAAACCGGGCCAGUGGCUAGACUACGAGACCACGCCAACACACUUUGUGACAGUGGUCGCCAAGGACGGAGGAGGGAAAUACAAAGGCAAACACCAGGUUUUAACCUCAACAGCCACCAUAACAAUCAACGUCCUCGAUGCCCAAGACAUGCCGCCGUCCUUUGUAGGAACGCCUUACUUUGGCUACAUCUACGAAGUCUCUGUCCCUGGCUCAGAGAUAUUCACCGUGUAUGCCAGAGAUGGCGAUCAAGGAAAACCCAACCCUAUUUAUUAUUCCAUCAUCGACGGAAGUGAUGGCGUAUUUGACAUCAACAGCACUAGUGGAUGCAUCACUUUGACGACUCACCCAUCUUUGUUAAAAAAUGAACUCUACGAAAUUAAAGUCAAGGCAUCUGAGGUGGGAGACGACGAUUUACUGCUGGACUAUGACAUCGCCGUGGUGAUGGUGCGGGUAGUAGAUCUUAACAACCAUCCGCCCACCUUUUACGGCGAGAACGGUCUGCAAAGCAAAUUCGAGGUCACCAUGUAUGAGCACCCACCCUCUGGGGAAAUCCUGCGUGGAUUCAAGAUCACUGUCAACGAUUCGGAUCAAGGAGCAAACGCCAAGUUUAAACUCAGGCUAGUGGGACCGAGCAGAGUUCUUCGAGUGGUCCCGCAGACAGUCCUGAACGAAGCCCAGGUGACCAUCAUUGUGGAGGACACGUCUGGUAUCGACUACGAGAAGGGACCAACUCUCUCAUUUAAGCUAUUGGCGGUGGAGCUGGAUACUCCUGAGCGAUUCAGUGCGACAGCGGACAUCGUGAUCAAUCUCCUGGACACAAAUGACAACACUCCCAAAUUUACAGCGGAGUAUUACAUCGCCAGAGUUGCUGAAAACUCACCUGGUGGCACUAAUGUUUCUACUGUUACAGCAAACGAUCCUGAUUCAGGACCAUGGGGAGAAGUCAAAUACACCAUUUAUGGAUCAGGAUCGGAUCUCUUUUCCAUCCACCCAUCAACGGGGCAAAUCUCUACACAACCGUGGACUACGCUAGAUGCCGAGGUGCGCUCCAAGUUCAAUUUCUACGUGAAGGCAGAGGACUCAGAGGGAAAGUACAGCCUGGCUGAGGUCUUUGUAACUGUGCUCGACAUGAAUGACCACCCGCCCGAAUUCGGCGAUCCGCUCCUGGAGAAAACCAUGAUCAUUGGAUCGCCUGUCAAAGUGGAGGCAGUGGAUGAGGAUGCCGAGUCACCCAAUAACGUAGUGGAGUACUCCAUCAUGACAGCGGAUCCCGACAACGCAUUCGACAUUGACGCAGAGACGGGUGAGAUCCAGCUUAAACCGUACAUCAAGUCUAUGGAGAUCGUGCACAACAUCACCAUGCAGAAGGACUGCAAGUGGUCGCUGGUGGUACAGGCGCGGGACCGAGGCUCUCCAUCUUUUAGCACUACCGCCGUGGUCAACAUCGACAUUACCGAGGCAACUCCUCUCAAGGGUCCUAUGGCGGCCUUUUUAAUGAAAAGUAGGGACAACCCCAUGAAAGCUUUAGGCAUGCUAACGCUGAUCAUUAGCUUGUUGGUAGGAGCGACCGUGCUCAUCUCCACAGCUAUGUACAUGCGCAACGUCAAGUCGCAAAACAGAGUGAUACCGGCACGCCGCGUCAUCAGGAGGCGGCCCAGGCAACGGCAGUCCUGGACAUUCCACGUGCCGGCGCUAAAAUUCGCCAAUCCUGCCGAGAAGUUCCUCAUGGAGGAUCGAGAAGGUGGCCCCGAGCAGGAGGUUGGCACCCCGAGGAGGAGGCCUCCGCCACCACCCUGCGCCCCCUGUCUACCCCCACCCACGCUGACCACUAGCAGAGCCCCCGAGAGGCCGCGCGCCGUCCCGACUAUCUCUGGCACCUUGGCCUCCAAAGUCGCAAAGAAAGGGAAAUCGGCUCUGCGCAAGGAGGGCAACAUGAGCUCAGCUUUGGUUUCAGAGUUAAAAAUGAGGCUGGAACAGAAAAUUAUAGAAAACAACCAAGGUUACUAUUAACUAGAGAUGGCAACAUUUCUCAGACUUAAGUAGAUGUUUUGGUGAAAAAUACACUUACACGUUCACUUCACACAAAAGUUAAAAAAAAAAAAAAAUGUAAACACAAAAAAUGUGAGGUACAGUGAUCGUUUUGAAAAUGUGGCAUAAAACAAUACUCUUUGUAUGUGUUUCUUCAGAUCAUACCGAGAAUUGUUGAACUCCAAAGCUCGUGUUUUUAGGCUAGGAGCCGCUAACAUUAAACAAUUCUCAAAAAUAUGGCUGCGGUUAGGGGGUUUUAUGAAUCUAUUGUAUGCUCAACUUUUUCCGCCUUAUAAUCCAAUUGAUCAAGUUCUUAACCAUGAUAGUCUGUGGCAGGCUGAAAAAAAGACAAUAGUUAGUACAAAAUAUCAAUAUCCGUUGUUUUUGUUUAAUGUAGGAAGUAACAGCAAAAAAGUUAAAAACCCUAACCAAACCUAAAAUAAUAUAUUUUUAAGUACCAUUCGAGACUGCAGAUAAUGAGCAUUUGGUCAUCUUUAUUUGUGAACAAAACUUUCAAAUGUAAAUAAGUUUCAGUGUCAGAUUGAUUCUAUAUGGACUGAAAACUGAUACUUUGGACAUUGUACAGUGGUACCUCAACAUACGAUCGCUUGGACACAUGAUCUUUUUGACAUCCGACGUAAAAUUUGACUCACCAUUUGUUUCUACAUCCGACGGCAUGCUCGAAAUACGAUUCAUGACAGCGUCGCAGUUUUUUGGUUUUGCCGCAAGACACGCACGGCGGAUUUUCUUGUGAGAGAAAUCCUCACGGGUACCAAGGUUAGUGGAGGUGGUGAAGAACGGAAAAAAGUGAUUACCAUUAAAAUGAAGACGGAAAUGAUAGCUAAAUUUGAGUGUGGUGUGCUCAUCCGUGAACUGGCUCGACAAUACGGCCGUAGAAUGUCUGCGAUCUCAACGUUCCUUCAGCCAAGCGAUGCGUUCAGGUACAUCACGCAAAACAUUCGCCACAUUAGAACCCGAUUCUUUACAUUAUUAUUCCUGUUAUUAUUGUUAUUCAUAAUUUAUUUGUUUGCUAUGUGUAAUUGCCAUUUGUAAUAGUACUAGAAGUAUUUAUUAAGAAGUUAGUGUAGGUUUUCGGGCUGUGGAACGAAUUAAUGGAAUUAUAAUGUAUUCAUAUGGAAAAAAUCCUGCUCGACAUGCGACCAUUUCGACUUAUAAACAAGGUCCUGGAACGAAUUUACUUCGUAUGUAGAGGUACAACUGUACAUUAUUAAGAAUAUAAGUCUUUUCGUCAGAAAAAUAAUAAACGCAUAGAUGUUUAAUAUCAUUUUAAUGUAUGAGUAGAAAUCGAGGCCUUCACUCUAAUAACACACUUGGGAAGAAAAAGCACAAGCACAAGCUUCAGCCACUAAAAGCGCAAAUAUGACCAUUAUGAAUUACCUUUCAUUAAUAACAUAUUUGUGGUCACUUGUUAUGAUAGCAAUUUAUUUAAAAAAUUCAGUUUAUGAUGAAGUGCUAACAUCUACAUCUAACAUCUAGUGCUAACCUCUUAAAGUUAAUGUUUUUUCUCACAAAAAUCUUUUCACCGCAGCUUUGUUUACCGUUUUAUUUUUUUAACACACUGAAAUUCAAAGCUUAUCUCACCAUGUCAGAGACAAUAAUCAGCAUGAGCUCAAUUUUCCCUAAGAGCCCGACAAGAACUUGCUUUUUUGUACAAUUUAUCAUGUGCCACGGUCGCGUCAUGCUUUAACAAAAGCUAGCUCGCUGUUUUUUUUGUUUUGUUUUGUUUUUUGCGUAGUUGUUUUACAGCACACGCUUUUUUAUGGUUUUAUUUUUCAAUGUGCGUACAAUACAGUGUUCUCAGUGUGUGAAUAUAUCAAAUAUAAUGCUUGUAACUGUGUACAAAAUGACGUCUAAGCUUGGCACGUUUGUAUUUAAACUGCAUGCACAUUUCCCUUUGUAGAUACUCAAAUGAUUCAUGUGAUGAUUGUCACUCUAUCUGAAUUUGUAGUACUUGGAGAUACCUGUAUACACCAUUACCUACAAAAGACACUUCCCGGUCUUUGCGUGUGACAUAUUUAUAUCGUCUUUGUACUGUAUUUUGUUGUUUUUGAAUAAAUAUUUCAACAUAAUACAACCUGUGCUAUUUUGUACGCGUGCGCAGAGACUAUAGUCGAUUGGGUUAUUAGAUAAAUGCAAAGCCUUAAACAUCGUCUGUGACACAACAGGUUUAUACAGGACUCGUUCAAUGCGCGUAAGAUGGAGAAAUAUUGAUAUUUCUUUCUAAUUACGCAGUCGGAAAGCAAACCAAGCAUUAGUGAUCAUGCCAAAGCAUCAAAAUUGUGCUACUAUAUUCAUGUUAGCAUGCUGUACCAAUAAGUGUUGAAAUUAUCAUGCAGAGGCGGUUCGGGAAAAGGUUUGUUGGUCACAAAUUGACCAAAUUUUUUAUUUUAAAAAAAAAUGGGUAUGUGUUAACAUGUACAGUAUUUGACUAUCCCUGUCAUGUUCAGAAAAUGUGCAAAAUAUUUGUAGUAGGAGCUGUCAUUAAAUAGAAAUAUCAUGUCCUGCUUGACAAGGGUUCUGAGAGAAAAUCACUCUAAUCUGCUUAGCAGUGUAUGGAUAAAUGCUAGGAAUAUAGCACUUAUGUAACAAAUCCUUUGAGUGAUUGUGCUUAAAAAAAAAAUAGAAUGCCUCAGCAUUUGUCUUUCUCUUUUUAAUCCAGUAAUGACAUAUACUGUAAAUUAUUCCCGAGACAAAUUUUGUCCAAUUUUACUGUUUGAUAUCAAUCUGGAAAACAACAUGUAAAAAUAAUCUAUAUGUACAUUAAAAGGACACAGAAAAAUACAGAAUAAAGGCAUCCGAGUUGUUGGAUUAUCAGUUUUUGUGAAC